UUGAUCAAUUUCUACUCUUUCCAGCCGCCCAUGAAGCCUGGUAUACGUAGAGGCUUAGUAGGAAAUGUCGUAAUCUCGUCCAGUGUCAUCUUCCAUUAAAACAAAAGAAGUUUGAUAGAGAAGGAGAGACGAGUGUCGCAGUUGAUUUAUACCAGGAUGGCUGUGUGGUUGCCCCGGGGAACGGGAGUGCCUGGUAGUUGUGGGUUACCGUCCAGGGCGCGACCGUCACAUGACCCACCGUAGAUCGUUGGUGGCACACGUCAGUUGGUCGCCUGGGCGGAAAGACGGGCGGUGGUCCAGCAACUUACCACAAAGGUCAAAGUUCGCAUGCGGGAAUUGGAUGAAAGUCCGAGGUUCAGCAGCGUGGGGUUUCAAUGCUUUGUUCUUCACCUAGUUUUUAUUUUCACCUGGCGGAAGGUGUGGCCAGGUUGCUCCGGUGAGACCGCUUUGUCAUCUGAAGCCCCGUCGUCAUCCGUUGUGACGUCAGCGGCUAGGUUCGCGGGUCUCGCCAGCCCAAACAAGAUGGCGUCGGACGUUAGGAACGUUUCUACGCGCGUACUACAAUGUGGGAUAGAGGGCGACCUGCCGGAGAAACACGACGUCAGCAUUGCUAUACUAGGGGCAAGAGUACACGAAGAAGGCAGUCGAAACACGGACUUUGACGAGGCCGACGAACUGUUUUUCGGUUCCGCUAGGGAGCUGAGUUCAUGCUUUAUCGGCAAAAUGACUCCAGUCACCGCCGACGAAGGGGACCGAGAAGCGCAGAGGGGUCACGUUUCUCCACGAAGAAGCCCGAGGAACAGCCGAAGCAAGUCCGACAGCGUGGCGAAAAUGUCCGAGGUCGCAUCUAACGGCGGGAACGCAAACCCUACUGUCAAACGAGCAAUGGAAAACGUCACAGGAUUGUGCAAUGGUCAUCGGGAUGAGCAACCGAGUAAGGACUUGAUGGAGGACGCCAAGAUCGGCCUGUCGCCCAAAACAAAAGGCGACCUGAAAUUGAACGGUACCAGCCCUCCGUGUGCAAAUCAGUGUAUGUCACUCAUUAAGAGUGCUGGUUCUCCCGCGGAAAUUGUCGUCAGUUCGUCCUGUGGGAAGACGUGCCAUGUAGCAGACAGUAGUCAUGGCAAUCGAACACCGUGUUCUAACGGCAUCGCGUCGUCCGUUGUGCGCGCCAUCUGCUUCGAGGAGACAGAUGUCAGACCGGAGGAAUGUCAGGAUGGCGAAGACAUGGCCUUGGUGACGUCCUCGGAUGACGUUUCCACGGAAAAAUCCGAUUUAGAGGAGAGCCCCCAAUCGGAAAAGACCCACAUUCCAGACCCGGAUCGUCGGGAAGGUGAAGCAAAUGCAUCCGAUGUGUCCUACGAAACUGAAAAACAAGAAGGCAGCAACAAAAGAAAGGGGAAGAAAAGGUCGUCUGGGGACGACGCCAUUCCAGUAGUUCCACGAAAAAGACGAAUGGCGAGUAUCACAGCCGAGCUGAAAGUCAAUCUCAUGUACGAGAAGGACGACUGGAAACCACCAAAGAAAACGAGAAAGGGAAAAUCGCUUUCGUCGUCCAGCAGUGAUGGGGAGGUCUUCACGACUUCACCCACCGACUCCUCCAAACUGAACACGUUUGGAAAUGGUGAAGAAAACGGAGGAUUUCCCACCGACCCGGACCAACCUCUGGACUUGUCGAUGAAAAAACGUCCAAUCGCGGUAGCUAAGAAAGUCAAGUCCAAGACAAAAUUGCUGGGCACCACGUCUGGGAAGAAGCAGAAAUCUCGUAGCAAGUCGUUCCCACCGCAGAAGGGCGGCGGCAGUGAGAAGGUGUGUGGACACACCAAGCGCAUGGCCGCGCUGAACGCCCAGGCAAUAAUGACUGCUUACAAAACAGCGGACGACGCUUCGCAGACCAAGAAGAACAACCGAGGAAGGUCUAAGAGCGGGGGUGGGUCGGCCAAAAACGGGUACAAAAGGCAUCAGCACGCCGCCAACUUCAGACUCCUCUGUGGAGGAUUCAACAGGAACCGUACGUCACUUCUGGCGUCAUCAGGACUCCCGUCCAUGCACGCACGGCCCCCUGGGAUGGGUAGCCCCGUUCCCAGCCACCCGCAGACGCUCAUGUUGACGGGGCUUGCGAACCUCAGCGCCUCGCAGAUCCUCCCCAACGGCGGCAUCAGCCCCACAACGACCGAAAGUGCCUUCAGUAAAUUCAGCUCUGCCAGGCUACAUAAUGGUGUAUGGUACCAGACGGCAGGUCCUUUCCACCAGCCGCUCCACACGGUGUUGUCGGACCAGGUCGGCCCUUCCACCGACAGAAAGUCUGACCCUUUUCCCGCCCUGGACACCGCCCAGACGCACAACCACAAGUUCGUCGCCAGGACCAAACGGAAGAAGUCCACCAACGGAUGGAAGUGGCAGGGAGAGCCUUACGAAAAGAUGGUGUUUUCGGCGGCCCAGGGGAAGCCCGUGCGGCGGCUGUGUUACCGGGGGAUGUGUCGGGAGGACGACCUGAUACAGGAGAGGGACACGGUCCUGCUCAAGUCCGGACCGCGCAAGAAGGACCUGCCGUUCGUUGCCAAGGUGACGGCGCUGUGGGAGGAUCAGGAGGACGGUGAGAUGAUGAUGAGUCUACUGUGGUACUACAGACCGGAGCACAUCGAGGGCGGCAAGCGGCCUCAGCAUGGAGAGUGUGAACUGUUCGCGGCCCGUCACCCAGACGAGAACAGUGUGGCGUGUAUCGAGGACAAGUGUUACGUACUCACCUACUCUGAGUUCUGCAGAUUCCGUCGGCAGUUGAAAGUGCGAGGGGAAGUCCUGGGCAGCUUGAACACUGUUGUGCCGCUGGAUGAAGUGGACUUCUCCGCCUUCCUCCCUCCUCACCGCCGUCUGCCCGACAACGUGGACCCCGAGAGCGUCUACUUCUGCCGACGGGUCUACGACUUUCGCCACGGCCGUAUGCUCAAGAACCCCAUCUAGCGAGGUGUGCAUGAACCGCAUCUAUCCAUCCGUGCUACUAUUGCCUCAUGAAGAAGUUUGUUCAUCCGCGAAGAAGUAAGGAAAUAAUUCUGUGUUGAUCAACAGUUUCCAUGUUAGGCAGUGUUAGCCUUUGGAGUUAUCAAAGUGAAUGGGAGAGAGCAGUUCAACGUUCUUGUGGUUAUUUUUGAACACCAGAUUUGGAGAUACUUUCACACCACCUGUCUUCGGAUCCCAGACACUGAGCACAAGAUACGGACUUACGUAGGAAUAGCAGUUUUCUGUACAACUUACUACAAGCUAAAUGUUUGUACAAAGUUGGAGCAGUUGUCACCCUUACUAUGUGUGUGUACAUGUGUCAUGGUGUACAUGUGUCGUGUAUCUAUCUAGUAUAAUUACGAAUAUUUAAAAAAAAAUCACGAUAUUUAUUUUCUUGAUAGCCAAGAGAGGACCAAUGCAAACAUUUUUCGCUUGCUUCGUUGUUUAUCGGGUGUGCGCUUUGGUAGCAUGCAAGACAUGGAUGGUGUUAGGCAGCGUUACAUGAGACUGUUUUGUUCGGUUUACUUCCUGGAGUUCCCCUUGCAAGUAUUUUCUAGUGGUUUCAUGACGUUGUCAUGGUCCUGGGCGUGCUAAGGUCUCAUAAUGAACAUAGUGAAGGCGUUUCUUGUCAAAAACCGAAUACAAAAGUCGUAGCUGGCGGUAGCGUCGGAUGGUUUCCAUGACGGAACUGGAAAAUACUACGA